AGGUGGAGACCGUGAAGAGUGCACACUGCUCAUGCCCAUUUGCUCAGAAUUUCGGCCGUGCUGGCGACACGGCCGAAACAUGUUCACCGCGACAUUGCCAGCUUGUUAUUAUCUCUGAGAUGUUUAUUACAUGUUGAGCUUUAUCGUUGCUUUAUAUCGAGAUGUAGUCUAUAGAAAUUGCCGUAAAGGCAGUGUCCGUCAUUUCGUGAACAGCUAAAAGAAAGGCCUCACCAUUGCGAAUAUAAUCCCUAUUAUGAUGCUGGGGCGGAAGCAGAGCCUCAAGGGGGAACCCGUCCUGGCCGAUUACGGUCCAGAAGAGUCCCUCAAUGAGAGCGCUGACAUAGAAUGGGUCAACAAGUUAUGGGUAAGACGGUUGAUGCGACUUUGCGCCCUAGUCUCGUUGGCUUCCGUUUGUUUGAAUACUCCAAAAACUUUUGAGAAAGUACCGUCCCUUCAAUAUGUUACCUUCAUUUGCGAUUUGAUAGUCACGUUUCUGUUCACUGCCGAGAUGAUCGCUAAGAUGCACAUACGGGGAAUAUUAAAGAGGGAUAAGUCUUAUCUGAAAGACCACUGGUGCCAAUUUGAUGGGUUUAUGGUGAUCUUUCUCUGGUUAUCUGUAAUUCUGCAAAUGUUUGAGAUGCUGGGUUUCAUAAAAUUUAGUUACGCCUCGAUAGCGCGGUCACCACGGCCGCUGAUCAUGAUACGCUUCCUUCGAGUCUUCCUUAAAUUUUCGAUGCCCAGAGCCAGAAUCAAUCAGAUCUUCAAACGCUCGAGUCAGCAGAUCUACAAUGUAACACUUUUCUUCCUGUUCUUCAUGUCUCUUUAUGGUCUUUUGGGUGUACAAUUCUUCGGCGAACUAAAAAAUCAUUGCGUGCUGAACACAACUGAACCUAAUUACAUUACGAUCAACAGCUUGGCUAUUCCUGACACGUUCUGCUCCACCGAUCCAGAAUCUGGAUAUCAAUGCCCCGAAGGAAUGGUCUGCAUGAAGCUGGAGUUGACCAAGUAUAUUAUAGGCUUCAAUGGAUUUGACGAGUUUGCUACCAGUAUCUUCACCGUAUAUCAAGCGGCUUCUCAGGAAGGAUGGGUCUUUAUCAUGUAUCGCGCGAUCGAUAGUCUACCGGCAUGGCGCGCAGUUCUUUACUUCAGCACAAUGAUAUUCUUCUUGGCCUGGUUAGUGAAGAAUGUUUUCAUUGCUGUCAUUACGGAGACUUUUAACGAAAUCCGAGUACAGUUCCAACAAAUGUGGGGCGUUAGAGGUCAUAUUAGCAACAGUUCGGCAUCGCAGAUAUUGACUGGAGACGACAAUGGCUGGAAAUUAGUGACAUUAGACGAGAAUAAACAUGGGGGCCUAGCCUCUCCGCUUUGUCAUACUAUUCUCAAAUCACCGCAUUUUCGUUCAGUUAUAAUGUGCGCAAUUCUAGCGAAUGGCAUCACCACUGCGACAAUGAGUUUCAAGCAUGAUGACAAACCGAGGCAAACAUACUAUGACAAUUAUUACUGGGCCGAGAUCGUCUUCACGAUAUUGCUGGACUUAGAGACCCUCUUCAAGAUAUGGUGCCUGGGUUUCCGGAGUUAUUUUAAGCAUUCGAUUCACAAAUUCGAACUGCUGCUUGCCAUUGGCACGACUUUACAUAUUAUUCCGUUCUUGUAUCUCUCUGGAUUCACUUUCUUUCAGGUUCUCAGAAUAGUUCGGCUCAUUAAAGCAUCGCCAAUGCUGGAGGACUUUGUUUACAAAAUUUUCGGCCCUGGCAAGAAGCUCGGUAGUCUCAUCAUUUUUACUAUGUGCCUGCUGGUGAUAUCCUCAAGUAUUUCUAUGCAGCUCUUCUGUUUUCUUUGCGACUUCACCAAGUUCGAAACUUUUCCUGAAGCAUUUAUGUCUAUGUUCCAAAUUUUCACACAAGAAGCCUGGGUCGAUGUGAUGGAUGAAACUAUGUUACGAACGCAUGAAGGCAUAGCACCGUUUAUCGCAGUAUACUUCAUUUUGUAUCAUCUCUUUGUCACAUUGAUCGUGCUAAGUCUUUUCGUCGCGGUAAUUCUUGACAAUCUCGAAUUGGAUGAGGACAUUAAGAAACUGAAGCAAUUGAAAUUUCGCGAACAAAGUGCCGAAAUAAAGGAAAGUUUACCAUUCAGAUUGAGAAUCUUUGAAAAAUUUCCAGACAGUCCGCAGAUGACGUGUCUUCACAAAGUGCCAUCAGAUUUUAAUUUACCGAAGGUGCGCGAGAGCUUUAUGCGACAAUUUGUACUUGAAGUGGAGGACGAAGAAAAUGAAGGUGUAAAGAGAAUUAAUGAAACCUUUGAUUCAAAAAUUGUGUAUAGAAAACAACGCCCGGUGAAAAUUUUAAAUAAUCCACCGAAGGUGAGAAGUGUCGUUACUAAUUUAAAGAAAGCUUCUGUUAUUUAUAUCAUAAAUCGUUCUAGUGAUUCCAAUAAUCAGAGGCUUCUCUUGGGAGACUCCGCCAUGAUUCCAGUACCAGGAAAAGGACUUCUAAAACCGCAAGGUACCGUGAGUGGCACUAAGCAACUUCGCAUCGAUCCGAAAAAAUCAAUCAGAAGAAGCGUCCGAAGUGGAUCGAUCAAAUUAAAACAGACGUACGAGCAUCUUAUGGAAAACGGUGAUAUAGGAGGAAUAAACAGAGUUAGUUCAUCGAGCAGAAGGCCGCACGAUUUAGAUAUCAAGUUGCUACAAGCUAAGAGGCAACAGGCGGAGAUGCGAAGAAACCAACGCGAAGAUGAUUUGCGAGAGAACCAUCCAUUCUUCGAUACGCCGUUGUUUGCGGUACCUCGCGAAAGCAAAUUCCGGAAAUAUUGCCAGUUAUUCGUCUACGCGAGGUACGACGCGAGAUUGAAAGAUCCUUUAACAGGCAAGGAAAGGAAAGUGCAAUACAAGAGUCUACACAAUUUCCUUGGUUUAGUGACCUAUCUCGAUUGGGUAAUGAUAUUCAUCACAACGUUGUCGUGCAUCUCGAUGAUGUUCGAGACACCACGAAAGCGUGUAAUGGAGACGCCGGCGUUGCAGAUCACCGAAUACUGUUUCGUUAUUUGUAUGAGCAUUGAACUAGCGUUAAAAAUCCUGGCGGAUGGUCUGUUCUUUACACCCAAGGCCUACAUCAAAGACGUUGCCUCUGUGUUAGAUGUCUUCAUUUACAUUGUAAGUCUCAUAUUCUUAUGUUGGAUGCCAAAAAGCGUGCCGCCGAAUUCUGGAGCGCAAUUGCUGAUGAUAUUACGGUGCGUCAGACCGCUAAGAAUUUUCACUCUUGUUCCGCAUAUGAGGAAGGUCGUUUACGAACUGUGCAGAGGGUUCAAGGAAAUUUUGUUGGUAUCAACAUUAUUGUUCUUGUUGAUGUUCAUGUUCGCGAGUUACGGAGUGCAACUAUAUGGCGGUCGAUUAGCGAGAUGUAACGAUCCCACGAUCUUGAAGCGCGAGGAAUGCGUCGGAGUAUUUAUGAGAAGAGUGUUCGUGACGAAGAUGAAACUGCGGCCAGGGGAAAACGAGAGUUAUCCGUCCAUAUUAGUACCGCGUGUUUGGGCUAAUCCUAAAAGAUUCAACUUUGAUAAUAUUGGUGAUGCUAUGAUGGCUCUAUUUGAAGUACUUUCUUUCAAAGGCUGGCUUGACGUACGGGAUGUCCUUAUUAAAGCUCUUGGUCCCGCUCACGCUAUCUAUAUACACGUUUAUAUUUUCCUCGGUUGCAUGAUCGGCUUAACAUUAUUCGUGGGUGUGGUGAUCGCGAAUUACUCUGAGAACAAAGGCACUGCUUUGCUCACGGUCGAUCAAAGACGAUGGUGCGACUUGAAGAAGCGUCUGAAGAUCGCUCAGCCGCUGCACUUACCGCCUAGACCGGACGGCAAGAAGUUCCGUGCUUUUAUCUACGAUAUCACGCAGAACAUUUAUUUCAAAAGAUUUAUUGCUGUCAUGGUACUUGUGAACAGCGCUCUUCUGUGCGUUUCCUGGAGACUCGAAGAGGAACACACAGAAGCUCUGGCUAUGGUCUCCACGAUUCUGACACUGGUGUUCCUUGUGGAAGUAAUUAUGAAAAACAUUGCUUUUACACCGCGUGGUUAUUGGCAAUCCAGGAGAAACAGGUAUGAUCUACUUGUGACAGUUGUAGGCGUUAUCUGGAUCAUCAUACACUGCACUAUGCAGAACGAUCUGUCUUACGUAAUUGGAUUUAUGGUCGUAAUCUUGAGGUUCUUCACCAUUACCGGUAAACACACCACUCUCAAAAUGCUAAUGUUGACGGUUGGUGUGUCCGUCUGCAAGAGUUUCUUCAUCAUAUUCGGCAUGUUUCUUCUUGUUUUCUUCUACGCGUUAGCCGGCACUAUAAUCUUUGGCACGGUGAAGUACGGAGAAGGUAUAGGAAGACGCGCUAAUUUCGAAUCACCGGUUACCGGCGUGGCGAUGCUCUUUCGCAUAGUGACGGGGGAGGAUUGGAACAAAAUUAUGCACGACUGCAUGAUACAACCACCCUAUUGCACGCCGGCGGAUAAUUACUGGGAAACGGACUGCGGCAAUUUCCACGCUUCUCUAAUUUAUUUUUGCACUUUUUACGUCAUCAUUACUUACAUCGUCUUGAAUCUUUUAGUGGCUAUUAUUAUGGAGAACUUUUCUUUAUUCUAUUCAAAUGAAGAAGACGCGUUAUUAUCGUACGCAGACAUAAGAAACUUUCAGAACACGUGGAAUGUCGUUGAUAAUCAUCAGAAAGGUGUUAUACCGGUGAAGCGGGUGAAGUUUAUCUUGCGAUUGUUGAAAGGUAGAUUGGAGACCGAUCCACAAAAGGAUCGCCUGCUUUUCAAAUACAUGUGCUACGAACUCGAACGAUUGCACAAUGGCGAAGAUGUUACCUUUCACGACGUUAUUAAUAUGUUAUCGUAUCGCUCAGUGGAUAUAAGAAAAGCGCUCCAAUUGGAAGAACUUCUCGCACGGGAAGAAUUCGAGUAUAUAAUCGAGGAGGAAGUGGCUAAGCAAACCAUCAGAACUUGGUUACAGGGCUGCCUGAAGAAGAUACGAGCGAAACAAAACAGUCUUAUUGCCGGUCUUCGCGCUACAAAUAACGCGGCUGUGCCACCUCAAGAUAUAGAGAAGGGUAAAGAGGAGAAAGGCAAAGAAGUUAGUGUUGAUCGUGAAGAGGAGACUGAAAUAAAAGACGUCGAAGCUCCAAAAUACAGGGCCAAGAAACCGAUAGUGCUUCCAAGAUCGGACAGCAUAGGAAGUGCUUCGGGAAGAAAAUACCUAGCACCAACUUUAUCGGAUCCAGCAUCCGUUCGAUCCGAGAAGGAUAAAAUCGCAGCAUCGAAGAAGAGAAAUAGCAGACCGCCAGCAAUGGUGAAAAAUAAUUUGCAUCAUUUGACGGAAAAUACGGAGCAAAGCAGGCAGGCGAGGGAGGCGUUGAACAACAAAGCAACCGCGCCUAAAGUUUCUAGCGUCAUGCUGGAAGUUCGAGAAUGGUGGAAGGAACAAUUGGCUUAUAGCAGCGAGUCCAGCGAGGACGAACUCUGAACUUUUCAAAAUCAUGGACGUAAAUUACAAUCCUAACAGAUUGUGAACUGAGGAUUCCUACUUUUAGCAAUUGUAAAGACGAAUUCUUAAUCUACGAAUUUUGUAAUUCAGUGAGGAUGAAGAUCCAAGGAGAAAUGUGGUAUGUGCCUAAUAAUUUUAAUCACUCGCCCAAACUCGAGGAACUUUAAUGCGUUGAGCUCCGAUCGCAAUUCGUCACACCGCCAUAUUAAUAUUUUACUACGUCCAAGACAGUGUGCAUAGAGUGAACAAAAACGUUCAAAUCUUUCGUUCCAUCGAAGCUCAUCGUGUUAGAAGAAUCGAUUUCCUACCGGAAGAGAGAGAGAGAGAGAGAGAGAGAGAGAGAGAGAAAGAAUUAUAAUUAUCGAAACACAUACUCGCGACAUUUCGUAUCGAAUUCGGAACAUCACUGCCGUAUGUCAAAUCACUCAUAUAAAAAUGCUUGAAUCCUUGAAAUAUCAGUUUGUUAAAAGAUUUCGAUAUGUGUUUUGAAGAAUUUUUUCGUACAUCAUUCGCGUAUUAUCAUUCAUGCAUUAUCAGCUAGUUUUAAAAUGUCUCGAGAUAAUUAUAAUUGUAUGUAAUAAAUUUUGUACGACACGAAGUUGAUCAUUGUGAGAAUUAGUAGCUAAAGUCGAUUAUGAUGUUAUUAAGGGCAACUGUGAGUACAAUUAGCAUAGGAUUCAUCGUAGAUAUUUUUGUCGUGAAAAGGGUACUAUUCUAUCUGGAAAAAAAAAGAAACGAAAAUGUUAGGACAUUGCAGAUCGUCGAUUCUUUCCUCCUUACAACAAGAAUACGUCCCGAAGAUCUGUAUUAUAGAUCUACGCGAUUAAUUUGAUAUUGACAGUUAUAAAAGUUUUAGCAUGACCGUUGAUGUUAUUAUCUCUGUUAAUUAAUUAAUAUAGUAACGCUGUUACGGGUGUCGCUUUACUGAACAGGAGGGUUGUGCAAUCAGGAGAAUUAUUUAGCGGAGGGCAUAAUUUAUUUUGAAACGCGAUUGCGUCGGCUCUCUAUAUUGUGUAUGUUGAACAUACAAGAGAUAAAUGGAGCAUUUAUAUUAAAUAUACGACUGUCGUAAGUUUUUGUAACGAGACGAUGUGCGAGUAGGUCGCAAGUAAAUUUAUGAAACGAACCUUUAGUGAAACGCGAUCGAUGUUAGCGCAAUAAUACGCAUACGCACACACGCACGAUGAAUGUUAUGCAUACACAUAUAUUUACAGAAGCGGAAAACGGAUUUAACGUUUUGAGCCGCAUUACGUUUACUGUAAUGAAUGUUGAUGAUUGUUGCUAGUUUAUGUGCCAAUGUAUUGUCUUAUCGAGUAUAGGACAAAUAAAUGUUAUUAGAUAUCAUUA